ACAUGGACGGAUAAGGCCCUUGUACAGAGUUAGCAGCUGGGGGGGUGAGAAAAACUGGCGGAGACGUCUCAGAACACCUAACUUCAUAGAAGCUGUUUUAGCUAGAGAUAAGAUGUGAAGUUUCCAGUUCAGAUUAUAAGUAAAGGACAGACCGAGGAUGUUCAGUGUAGAAGAGGGGGACAGUUGAGUGUCAUUGAAGAAGAGGGGAUAGUUGUCUGGAAGGUUGUGUCGAGUUGAUAGAUGGAGGAAUUGAGUUUUUGAGGCAUUGAAUAAUACCAAGUUUGCUCUGCCCCAAUCAGAAAUUUUAGAAAGAUCAGAAGUCAAGCGUUCUGUGGCUUCCCUGCGUGAUAUGUUUAUCUCCUGAAGGGUUGGACGUCUAUGAAAAGACGGUAGAUAGGUAGAUAGAUGGAUAGAAAUAGUGUGUGUGUGUGUGUGUGUGUGUACCUAGUAGUAAAUAUAUGAAUUUCUUUACUUAACAAUAAUUUCUAAAGAAUUAAUCAUGUGUAAUCAACAACUGUACCAUCAAGAUCAGAAUUAGUACGCCCCGUUGGAAAGAAUCCCCCACCAAAAUUUCAAAUUAAUCAGCUGAGGGCGGGAGACGUCAGCCUCUUUUCAUCUCCCUCUAUUUUGACGUUUUUAAGACUCCCUGUUUGAUUUUAAGACUCCAGGUAAAGAUGGCAGGUGAGAAGUGUGGGGCAGCAGAGACCAGCGACAUACAUGCUGACACCCCCAGACCCAGAGUGGUGUUCCUGGUGCCAGCCCUCGACAGCCCCCAGCAGCAGCAGGAAGUGGUCACCAAGAUUCAGGAGUUCGUUGCCCCUGAGAGUGUGGAGACCUGUGAAGGAGUCAUCUAUGUGGGGCAGGUUGGGUGGGAGGAGACCAGUCAGGUGCAGAGCCUUACCAGUCACCUGAUGUCCACCUGCCGGAGACAUGACCUGCUGCCCUCAGAAUGCUGUGUCCUCCUCUCCCUACAUGACCAGUACCAGGCCAUCCAACUCUGCCUGGCUCGGAUUAACAAAGUGAGACAAGGGGAGUUUAUGGCAGCAGCGAGUGAUGUGCUGGACGUGUGGAAUGCGAUGUACAGGGAGACAGUAGCAGCCAGGACCCUGAGUGAGGCACAGGAGGCAAAGGACCUUGAGGGGGUGAACCAUCUCACUGCCAGCCAGGAAAGCUGUGACCCACUGAAGAAAGAGUUGCAGGAUGUGAUCAGGGACUACCGGGACUUCCUGGCCAACUCUGUGUGUGUGGACCACUUUCGGGUGUUUGAGUGCCUGCGGGGACUCCUGAAGGAUGAUCCAGUGCUCUUCAGGGAUGCAUUUUCCAAGGUGUACAUCAUUGAAGGCCUGGAGCUGCUGCCAUUGAUGGAGAGAGAACUUCUAAAACUCAUCUUUGACGGCUCACAAGUGUACAGAGUGAGUGUUGAGGUGCCCUUCUCUAUUGCUGCCCCUCCCUCACCCUCCAACCUCAACAUCUCAGGCAUACACGAGACCAGCAUCCUGCAAACACCCUCCAGACAAGACAAAGAGCAGGCAGAGGAGAUAGACAACGCAUAUUGCAAGGACACACAGAAUCCACAAGUGCAGCACGACAACGAGCAAACAGAUGAAAAAGACAACGAUACAGAUAAUUCCAAAAGCACAGACGCCCCACAAACUCCCUCUAGUCACAGCAAACACCAAACAAACCAGACAGACAGCAUGGAAAGUGACACAAAUGAUGCAGACAGCCAAGGGAAAGGCAUCAAAGCCAUCAUACAAGUGGAAAAGGAGGAGAACACCCUGGAAGAUGUCAUAAACACAACUGCUCCACGUGCCUCCAAACCCACAGAGAGGAGUGAGUCUGAGGAAUAUGUGGAGAGGCUGAUCCUGGCCCACCUGCGGCUCCUGAUUAACACGCGGGAUGAGCUGGCCCUCACUCUGGCUUGCAGCAUGCCAGGGCGGGAGAUCACACACCAGGGCUUCACCGACAUCAGGCAGGAGGCACAACGCAAGGAAAUGCCCAUGUAUCAGACCAUUGUGUCGUUCAUCCUGCGACUGCGGCUGGGAGGCAAGGGGUACCAGCCAGAGCCCAACAACCCGGUGCUGCCCCAUGCCAAGCCACUCGGGGAGUUUGUGGACGCCCUCAUGAAACUGCAGAACAUUCUUGAGGCACAGACUGACUCCAGGCAAGGCGCAUUGAGGGUCCUCAAUGGCAUAAAGACUGGCCUGGAGAAGAUGAAGGGCUGCCUGCUGAAGCGUUCCGUGAUAGGUGCCGUCACUGACCGUCUGUCUGCGGCACUGAGACACCUGAUGGAGGCAGCUGAGGGUGGUGAUGGUGCUGGUGCUGGUCAGGGUUACUCAAAAAGCACCAAGCCAAGCACUCUUCACCCAUCACUCAAGCACCUGAUCCGCCUGUGUGAUGUGGUGGGUGGGCAGGUGUACACUGGUGGGGUGGUGGACGCGCUGGGCGGGGACCUCCUCACUCAGCUCAGCAGCUCAAAAAAGAAAACCCAAACACCUGUCAGGAUCCCAUCUGUCCUCAACUUGUUCAGGUCACCGGCAGAAGUGCUUCAAGAAAAAGGAGAGAAGGGAGAGGAGGAAGAGGACCUGGAAACAAGACUUAAGAGAAAGAUGGGAAAGGCUACAACUGCUGCUGCACAACCUAAGAGGUAUAAGUCAGACUGCUCCUGGGCGCCCGUCGACCUCUCCCCAAUACACGUGGAUAAGCUGAACUUCUCCACGUCCUCACCUAUUGCUGGCCCCUCACUCAAGGUUGUGGGGAAUGCUGCCAAGCGAUCUGAGGACUGGAGGGACACUGUGGCAUCUGUAACACAGAGGGAAGAGUCUGCUCCUGAAAGCCAAACAAGUUCCUCCCCAUGCAAGUCUUCCUCCCUGGCCACCCCAAAGGGACCCAAGGCAGGGGACAACAAAUCCAAGAAGGUGAAAAGCAAGAGGUCACUCCUGAAGGACAUUUCCAACAUGGCCAGCAAGAGUGAGGAGACACAAAGCAAGAAGCAGAAGGCACCAGAAGUUAAGAAGGCUGCACCCAAGAAAAGGAAGGAGAAAACUAAACCAUUGCUGCAGGGACAAAGAUCUAUCACCUCCUUCUUCAAGUCUUAAGUGUGUGUGUGUGUGUGUGUGUGUAUGUGUGUUGUCAUUACACUGCAAGGUGAUAAAAAUGGAUGAGCGACAGAAAUAAUAUAUACAUUUUAUCUUAAGCCUAACGUGUGUCUUCUAGUGGUGUGUAUCUUAGCAUUUCUAUACUAAGAUAAAUAAUAUAUACAUUUUAUCUUAAGCCUAAUGUGUGUCUUCUAGUGGACUGUAUUUUAGCAAUUCUAUACUAAAAUAAAAAAACAAAACACCAUACAAACAUGCACACAUCAUUUAUACAUUGGGCUGAGUGUGUGAAUGAUGCAUAUGUGUGUUUGUGUGUGUCAGUCAUCCCGAGUGGGACUGCCAGCCUGUGGUAUAUAGAUAGAUAGAUAUUAAGGUAUGGUUUGUAUUUAGUGUGGUGGAAAAACAGCUUCCUAUUCUAAUGUAGCUGACUAGAUAACUUUAUGGACAGCUCCACUUCAUUCCUUCGUGGCACAUGAUUUAAUGGGGUAUCUUGUGGAGAAACUUUUGCUGAUGGUUGUGUGGAAGAGUAAGCAAAUCCAGUCCUCUAUUUAUUUAUUCAUGGAUUGGAAUAUUUUACUCUUAGGCUGUGUGUUUAAGGCUCGUAUGGGAUUUGGGAUCAUAUUACGUAGUAAGUAUUCUAAUAGUUUUUCUAUAUUUAUCUCAUUUUACUUUGCUCUCUCCAUCAGUAUCAUUAAAAAAUCUGAUGAAAGGGAUGUACAGUGCAUAAGAUAUGCUUUAAGGGUGUGUGGUUGUGUGGUGUGUGUAUGUAGCUGUGGGUGUAAAUGUAGUAUGGUGUUUGUGUGUGUGUGUGUGGGAUAGUGUGGUGUGAUAUGGUGUUUGUGGAUGUGUGUGUGUUUGGUGUGGUGUGGGAUGGGGCAGUGUGGUGUAGUAUAUAUAGUGUGUGUGUGUGUGUGUGUGUGUCUUGAUACUCAGGCUUAAUGAAAACCUUGAGAUUCUAAUAUAUUACACAGAGCAGCUUCUAUAUUCUGUCAGUAUACCAGAGUCUCGUGUGUGAAGGUUGUUUUUAGCCAUGCCAGUCACUGUGAGAAUAAAGUUACUUAUGAUUGCAACAGCGGGGAUUCACUCCAGUCUUAUAAUGGGAACAUAUAAAAGUAAUUCAUGUAUAUUUGUAUGCCAAAAUUAUAAAAAGUACAGCACAAGGCAUUAUAGAGGCACAUUAUACAUUUUUAUUUAUUGUAUCUUUGUUUAUACAUUUUUAAGAGAUUUGUUUCCUGUGUAAUUGCAAACUUGUUCCAUGAAUAUAUGCUUAGAAUGAGACCCUGGUAUGGUGUGUGCAGCAUGCAAUGGGCAUCUGCCAUCAAGCACGUGUUGACCAAAGAUGACGAGACAAUGUCAAGUGGAUUAAGAACAUGAAGGGUUUGAGUGGAUGACAUUCCAUGUGAAAAUUAACAGCUUUGCUAAAGCUGAAAAUUAUGAGAUUAAAAGUAUCUUAAUUUUAAUGAUGAAAUGUGUUUUAUAAUAUAUAUUCAAGAAUUAAUUCUUAUUUUACUAUAUUGCAAAUAAUAUAUAUUGCUAUAAUUAUACUUUGAAAUGGCAAAUAAAUUAAAUCAAAAUCUUCAA